UGCCAACAGGAGCGAGGCGCACGUGCCGCCUCGUGGCUCCUUGCGGGGCGGUCCUUGUGUGCGCGCGCGCGUUGCUAAGCGAUAUGAUUGGUUCUGCGUUCGCGGAGGAGGCGGGGCUGAGAGGGAGUGGCCGCGUUUCGGAGGCCGUUGCGACGGUUUCUACGUCGGGGUAGCGCCGUUCACGCGGCUUUGCUCCCUCCCUCCCCCCGCCCACACCCCGGCCCGGCCAUGCCGAACCGCAAGGGCGCGCGCAACGCCUACUACUUCUUCGUGCUUGAGAAGCUGCCCGAGCUGCAGCGGCGCGGCCUGCCCGUGUCCCGCGUGCCCGACGCCAUCCCGCUCUGCUCGCAGGACUGGGAGUUGCUGACUGAGGAUGAAAAAGAGAAGUAUGCAGAGAUGGCUCGUAAAUGGAGAGCAGAGAAAUCCACCCACGCGUCAGCGAAACUGCCACCCAAUCAGAUUUCUCCGGUUCCUACACCACUGCCCUCACAGAUACAGAAAAGUGCUUCUCUUCCAGAUGUCCCCCAUCUUGCAUGGAAUGGAAAUCAGGGUGUGCUUGGGAACAUCUUCUACUUCCUGAACAUUUACAGUUGCGGAGAGCUGCCCUCUCCCUGUGAGCAGCGCUUCCUCCCUUGUGAGAUUGGCUGUGUCAGAUACUCCUUACAGGAUGGCAUAAGAGCAGACUUCCACCGCUUUAUAGAUCCUGGAGAGGUGCCCCGUGGCUUUCGGUUUCAUUGUCAAGCAGCAAGUGAUGCCACUCACAAGAUCCCUAUCUCUGGUUUUGAGCUCCCAAAAGUUGGUUACCCUGUUGUGUUACAUGAACUUCACACAUUUGUUCAACCAAACUGCGGCAGAUGGCCACCUGUGUACUGCAAGUCUGAUGACUGGUACAGAGUAAACUGGUGUCUGAAAUGGAUGGCUAAGGAAGCAGGUACUGAGAGCCAUCUGGAACUUCACAGUGUGGAAGACUUGCUGGUGGAACUGUACAAGUGGAAACUUCAAAAGGAGCCUUCCAAGACCUGGGUGCACAAUCUGCUUGAUGUUUUCAUGUGGGACUACUCCAGUAACACAAGAUGCAAGUGGCAUGAAGAGAAUGAUAUCCUGUUCUGUGCCUUAGCAUCCUGCAAGAAAACUGCCUAUUGCAUCAGUAACACUCUGGCAAGUGUGUAUGGAUUCUCACUCACAGCAGCUCACCUACCUCUUCAGGACUACGACUCCAGCAACAACAUAAAUCCCAAGAUGGUGGUAUUGGAUGCUGGCCGUUUCCAGAAGCUGAGGGCUGAGAAUCCUGGUUAUAAUCGAUACUUCAGUUCUCCAGUUCAGAAACAAGCAGCUUCCACAUCUGCUGGUGAACGUCCAAGUGGAGUGAGAUCACCAUGUAGAACAUGUACCAUGCGAGGAAGAGGAAUCACUCGCUUGCUGGAGAGUGUCUCCAGACUUUCCAAGUCCUCCGACAACUGAAAGCCUGCUCUGUCUCCUUACUUUACCAGGAGAACUGCACAUCCUGCUUUUCUGUACUCCCAUUGUAGUCUGGGACUUCACUAGACUGCCAUUGCUUUCUCACCUCUGUAUGCAAAAUCAUAAAAUACAUUUCCCUUCCCUUGACCCAAUUUAACAGUUCCCUUAGAAUGACGACGAACCAUUAACUGAGGUAGAAGUUUGCUUCAAGUAGAAGAAAAUCCUGGUUUUGUCUAUAAAAACUAUUUUGAAUUGGCAACUUCUUGCUCUCUCUCGUGUAAAUUCAUCCCCAUUUCCUUUGCUGGGUAGUGGGAGGAGAAUUGCAAGAAAGGGUUGUGGUCAGUAACUGCAUGUUAAACAUUCUUCUGAUCUUCUGGUGGUUAUAUAGUGUUAAAUUCAUUAUUUGAAUGAUAAAUUUCUUUAAUCUCCCUAGCACCAUGGUCUCAUCCCCACUCCCACCCCUUUGUUAGAUGUUGGAAGAUAGUCUUCUCUACAUAUAGCCAUAUAAAAUGAUACGGUAGCUGGGAGGCAUUCUAAUACUGAAAGAAUGGGUGGAAAUGUCUCAAAGGUCUAAAUUCUUCCUGGGUGGCAGGAUGGAUUGAAUAGUGGAGUUGGGAAAGUAAAGAGACUAAUAUUUGUUGGUGGAAAAUCUUCCUUUUGUUUAAAACUUGCUAUGAAGGAGUCUUGUUCUGAUGGGCAUUGAAAAUACGACAGGGUGACAGGGGUAUUGGCUUUUCUCUGUAGCUGUGCUGGUGAAUACUGGUGUUAUGCUACAUUGUUAUGAACCUCAAGGUACAAGGAGGAGCUGAUGAUAAAGUUUGUAACUUCUCUCUUUAAAAGUAAUCCCCAAGCCAUUAGUCUUUUGUACAAUUUCAGAUGCCAAGGAGGCCUGGAGUAAGUGCUGGCUAUUAGCAUUUUGGAGUACCUGUAAGAAUGAGAGUGAAUGUAGAAACUUUAUCGCAUUUUAUUAGAGAAUUGAAUGCCAUACCUCUGAGGAAAGAGAGGAGUUUUAGCAGUUUCCUGAAAAGUUGUUUGUCUUCUGUAAAUUAUUUUCUAAUCUUAUGUUUUAAGGCAGUUGCCUUUAGAAAGAAACAAGCUCUUUUUUUCUUUUAACUUCAUUUGAGCUGUUCCAUCGUUCACUCCACCUGAAGUUUCUCUUAUGUGAUAAUUCCAUAGCAAUUAAUUGUAGUGUUACAAAAUGUAAUGUGUCCCUGGUAGGAAGCAAAAUGUAGAUAAGUUAACUCUUCUGGCACUUAUGAAACCUUUAAUAUGCUUAUCCUUAUAAGGAGCUUAGACACUACAAUGAUAAGUGGUAAGAUAAGUGCUUGGAUAGGUACUGCUGCAUCUAGAAAGUAGCAUCUUUUGUACAUAAGCUACGAUAUACAAGAUCACUGAACUGCCUUGAUACUUCCUACCUGUAAGGCCAACCUAUAUGCCCAGGAAGCUUCAUUGGAUGAUUCCAAAGUUUCAUGACGCUUUCAAAAGAAGCUUUCCCUCCACUUGACAGGUCUCCCUUUUCCAAUGUUAGUAAUGGUCCUUUAUUAGGUGGGAGAUCAGAAAGCCUUUGAAACUGAGUUUCUGGGUGUAAGCAUCUGGAAAUAUUUGAUGUGAUCAUUGUGAAGAAGAAACAAGACUCCAGUCAUGUUUGGAUGACACUAAAGGUUUGUUCCUAUUCAGAGAACUUGGAAGUGUUGAUUACAUCAUUAUAGUUUCACUGGUCCAGAUGUUUUCUUAACGAAGAGAAGCUGUUAGGCUAACAUUAUCUUUACGAACACCACUGCUCCUUCUCUGCUCCCCCAAUUCACUCAAAUUUUGGUCAUCAUUUGGCUGUUUUGAGAAUUGAACAUUGUAAUAAAAUUCUGUUUGGUUUUGAUUAUAUUGUUUGUGCAGAAGACAAAGUAUUUCUCUUUAUUAAAAAAAUAAACUUU